CGCAGCUGCAUAAAAAAGCAAUAUGGUGACUAACGAAUUAAUCAACUGUUGAGGAUAAUCAAGAAUACAAAUGUUUAAUAAUAUUACCAACUUUUGGGAUGGAUGGUGGUGAAGUUGAGUGAUGAACUUGACGUGAUUAAAAGCCUUUCAGGGGCUAAAGAGAGGAAACCAUGUGCGAUGUGUGUGUUGACUUUCACGACCUUCUGCUUUCCUAUGAUGAAAGAUCAUCGAAGGAACAAGAUGGAUUGGCCACUCUUUGUAUUUCCGAUGUGGACAUAACGCUGCAUUAUGUUAAUCAAUGGGUGCAAAGGCAAUGUAUGUGCUGUUAUCGAGAAAUAAAAAAUUUUGACCGAUUCAUACGACUGACGCAAAGCGUUGUGUUAUGCACACUACAACAAUUACAAAUAAUACAACAAAAUGGGCAACAAACUAACGUUGGGAAAGCACCGCCCAAAAAUGAGAAAGAAGAAGAGGAAAAAACAGAUGAAGGAAAGGUCGACGACUCCGAUUUUGCGCAAAUAGAGAUGCAAGCAAAACAGAAUUGGUCUCAGCAGGAUAGAGAAAAAUUAUUCCACCUUCUUUCAAAGAUAUUUUUAUUAAAUUUUCCUCUCUAUAUCGCGAUGAAGCAUGGUGGUGCAAUCAAUCCUUUAGCUCCGAUAAAAGAUGAAGGAGGAUAUUGCGAGCCCCACGAUCCAGAAGUACCAGCUCCUUUGAUUAGAGCAGUUUCCAUAUUUUGCCAUCAAGGUGGCUUCAAUUUAAUGUCGGCUUGUUUCGAUAUGGAGAACACUUUGCCCGUUAGUCUUGCACACUCCAUGGUUGCAGUGAUUUGUAACUUGAAACUUUGGUUGAAUUAUGGUAGUGUUAUUCAGCUUUUUAUACCUUUGCGCAGUCGUGUUAUGAAAUACAUGUGCCGCUUAGGGGACAAAGAAUUGCGCACACCCGCAGUCAGAACAAUGGCAGAUUUCAUGUGGAGCGCCGUGAAGGAUCCCAUCGAUGCCGUUCUGCCAAGUUUCGAUCGCGAUGGAUUGGAUUUAGCAUUUAAAUAUUUUACUAGUACAACUUUAACUAUGAGACUAGCAGGAAUAGCUCAGAUAAAUGCUCAUAUCACUGCAUUCAAUGAACUCUGCAAUAGCGAAACUGUCGCUGAAGUGGAACAAGUAGGCCACGCGUUGGCCGCUUGGUUAACCGAAAAUAAUAUAAUAGCUCAUAUAUUUGGACCAAAUUUGCAUGUAGAAGUUAUUAAACAGAGUCACAUUGUAUUAAGUUUCUUAGCAAUGGAAGGUAGAAUCGCGUCCUCGGACAUGGACACCAUGUGGCAAGCUGCGCAGUUGAAGCACUGCGGACGCCCAGUAUAUGAUUUGUUGGCACCUUUAGUAAAACAUUUGGCUCCGACUCCAGUUUUACAUUUAUACUCCUUGUUAGGCAAAUUAGAGCCAAAAGACCACACGGAACAGAGUUUAUUCCUGGCGUCUGCUUUGAUCAAAUUUAUUUGGACAGCAGGUGGUUCGGGUUAUCCAAGAGGUUUAACUAUAAAAAAUAGAGAAAUUUUAAGAGGCGCUAGUGGUGUUGGCGGUAGCAGUACUAGCGAUCCUAGUGGAAUGGAUGGAAGCAGUCCAGACGAAGACGAAGAAGAACCUAGUCCUGCUCCAUCCGAAGGACCUUCGCCGAGGAAACAGGCGAGAGGCGAUAGCAGCGAUGGAGAAGGUCCUUUCAAAGCAAAAAGCGUGGGUACCGCAGUCGUUCAAACGAACUUGAACGAAGCGGAAGGUUCCUCAUUAGAGAAAUCUGAAUGUAAUCCUGAACAGAUGAAGGAUUCAACGUGCGCCAUACAAGACGACAUAAAGGAAAAACAAAGUGGUUCGGAUGCGGAGGCUGAUACAGAGAAAUCCAACGCGGAAGAAGCGGUCGCGAUCGAAAAGAAGAAGAGGAAAGUGUUGAGGAAACGGAAAAAACCACAAAAACGUUCUUUAGUUACCGCGAAUAAAACAUUCGAAGACAUUGUUAAUCAAGAAAGUGGUAUGAAAGCAAAGGAUUUAAUAUUGGAUAUGAAGAAUAGAACGGAAGACGUUUUGAACAAUACUUUGGAUGCGAGUGGACUAGCGUCUUUAGACGAGCCGAAAGAUGUCGAUGCGCUGGAUCGGGUGAAACAGCAGGCGAUGGCUUUAGAUCCAAGCGAUCAACAAGUUCCAACAACAGCAGCACUGCUGAGAAGAGCUAAUAAAAAUAAGUACAUGUCGUUAGUAGGGCACAACGUGGAUCGAGCUCCAGACUCUGCGGAUACUUCGCACGACGAAGACGAUAGCGACGUAGUUGGCGUUCUCGCAGCGGCGGAUGGACCCGGCGCUGUUAUAUCUGAACUCGCUGGUUUAGUACACGCGACAGGACCGACGUUUUUACCUUCAGGUUUAGACGAAAUGCUUUCAGACGAGGAAGGAUCUUAUAGUAGUAGAAUAUCGAAUAAAAGUGAGAAGAAUAUGGCAGACUUCGAUGGAGAGGAGAGUGGUUGCGAAGAAGAAUUAGCUCAAUUAGCGGCACGCCAUUUAACAGCUAUACAAAUGCAAGCUUAUCAUCCUCAUCAUUCCCAUCCGACGAUGACGAUCAGACGAUCUGUUUGUCGUCCUCCGCAAGUGAGGAGCGUUCGCCAAACAGUUACGCGCGUCAGUUCCCAAUUCAACUUGGAUACCGUGUGUAAACCUGGAAGUACAUUGUUGUGGGACUUGCUGCAAGACGAUAAAAUUGGUCAUUUAGGAGAAGGUCUAGCUUUGGAAGCUGAGAAGGCGUUAUGCAACCUUCUUUGCUUCAAUGUUGAUCGAUUGAUACCUAUGAAGUUCAUAGAAGGUUGCUUGGAGAAUCUCGCGACCAACCGUUCCGUGGUUGUGUCUCUGAGGCUAUUGCCUAAAUUACUCGCCAGUUUCCAACAGUUCGGCGCAAUGGACGCUCAUACGAUAACGACAUGGGCGGAUCGCGAACGUGGAAUGAUGAAACAUUUUUUCAAUAACCUAAAGACGUAUACCAGUACAGGUCCAAAAAACAGUUUGUAUUCCCAUCAAACGGAAAUACAAGUUAGAUUGCAGUUUUUAUCAUCGAUAUUUUCGCCUCUGGGUUCACCCGACUGUUUUCGCUUGAGCCUAGAGCAAGUAGAUAUAUUGUGGCAGUGUUUGUCGCAAGAUCCAACAUGCGCUGACGAGCUCUUCAGUUGGUUGCUCAGUCAAGCAAAGUCAACGGAACAGCACGCUCUCGGAAUGGACACACUUAAACAUUUAUGCAUGCGCAAAUUGCCAAGUCUACCACCCGAAACUAUCAGCAUGAUUGGCCUUAGUCUUUUCCAACAAUUGUGCAACUUGGCUCGUUUGGCCGCUGCGCAUUUGGAUAGACCUUUAAGAGACGUGGAUUCGGUUGGUAUGGAUUUCCUAUGGAGAAUCGCGUUGAAAGCUAAAAGUACAGACGUUAGUAUGGCGGCUAUACAAUAUUUAAACGGAUAUUACAUGUCCAGGCAGCUGACUCAAGAAGCAGAAUUUGUUUCGCAGUGCAUGACCCAUCUUGCCGCGGCUAGCGGUGAUUUAGAAACGAACGAAGAAGCUAGUUUACGUUGCAUACAAAGAGCUUUGUUAUUGCUAAGAACGCACCUGGAAGCGUUUCGAAAACGGUACGCGUAUCAUUUGCGUCGCUGGGUAUUGGAAGGCAGAGGUGCCGGCAGUCACGUAGCCAUGAACACUUCUGAAAAGGGACAACAAUUAAGAAUAUUUGUACAGCCUGCUGGAAUCCCUGAAAAAACGAGCUUCACCCUUCUCAGCACCGAUUAUGUCGCCGAUCUAAGAGCAGAAGUUGCUAAAUGGUGGGAUGAUACACAGAAUAAUCAAGAAAAGUCUUUAUCCACUACGAGUUCGAGUCAGAAUAAUGGAUCGGUAUUGGGAUCCCUACUUACAGAUGGCCCGAUUAGAAUGAUUACGCAGGGUCAGGAGCUAACUAUCGAUUUCGACGAGAAAACAUUGCAAGAGAUGGGCUUUAAAGAUGGUCAACUAGUGUUCAUUUCACCUGGCGCUGGUCGGGGUAACGGUACAGGUAGAUGUAACAAACGAGACAUGGACUCGCCGUCCCUUUUACCACCUCCUCCUCGAGAAUCUUUACCAACGUUAUUGUUAUUGCGACCGCAAUACUUUGAACAGUUGUUUACGUUGAUGAGGACUCUGAGCGCCAUGAAAACGGUUGUUAAAGGAGGACAGGAGAUUCCUCAUACGAAAGCUCAAGUACUUUCGAGGAGAGUUUGGGACACAUUAACGUUGCUACCGACUAGUCCAACUUUACUAAGAGGUUUCCAGAAGUUGGGAGAGACCACUCUGCAAGAAUUGUUAGAUCCUGCUAGUCCUCAAAAAUUGAUGUAUUCUUUAUAUAUCGUAGAAUCUUUGAGUAGACGUAGUACUACGAGUCAGCCUUCUACCGUGAACUCUACAUCCUCUACAGCUGCCCACGAGGGUGGCGGGGAUGCAGACGAUAAUCACGACGAUAAGGAAAAGGAUGUUGCUUGGUCUGCGUUGUUCGUUCAGCACGGUGGCCUGCGUCAUUUGUUCGAUAUUUUUAUGUCUGGAUGUUUAGAACAAGGAGACGGUAGCGAGUGGCAGCAGGACUGUCUCGCUAGUCUGUUGAAGCAACUGUGUCAUUUGGGCGUUGUUAAAGAAGAAAAGAAACGUAGUAAAGCGGACAAAUUGCUCGUACCUAAAUUGAGCGAAGCGAUGCUUUCGAUGAUGAACGUCGACGCUGUCAUGUCUCGAAUAACGAGUAUAUUAAACGAAGCAUCCUUGCCCAGAGAUCCGAAUCAUUACAAGACAGGACUGUUCGGAAGAUCGCAAGUUAUACAUUACACUAUGGCUCUACUAGUUUGUUGGGUACACAGCGACGAAACUGUUAGACAGUAUCUGUUCUUGUCGUCAGAGCCGUUUGGUAAGACAUGGUUACGAAGACUGGUUCUAGAAGAUCCCGAACCAGCAGUGAGAAGAGAGGUUUGUACAGCACUAUAUAGAUUAUGUUUGGGUACUACAGGAUCCGACGAUGACAAUUCUGAUAUUCCCAAUUUGAUCGUACCAAUGCUAAACACGUUAUUAGAGCACCUUGUGAUCGCGGAGGCAAUGCAGCCUUCUCAUCGAAAACCCGACUUGCCGCUACACCUGCAUUCGGUACUCGACGACGGGAAAGAACCAUACGGACCUGCUUGCAGAGAUUACUUUUGGCUCGUUUGUCGAUUAGUCGAUUCUCUCCCAGAAGAAGCUAUCAAGGAAGGUUCGGAUGACUCCAAUUCGACAAUAGAUAUCGAAGCUUUGGCAAUAAGAGUGAUCGACUCUGUUUUAAAUAGAGAACAUCUCGAGACGCGUCACAACACUAUCGAAGACGACUGCUUAGUGGGAUUAUUGAAUCUUACUUGUAACAUCAUGACGCACAAUCCACCAUGUAAACAGGGAAAAAUCGGACAAAACUUAUUGCACGAAGUAUUCGACUUCCUAUUUGCGUUGCCAAAUCCUCGAUCGAAACAUGUUCCAAAAUGUAAAAGCCAAGUCUCCAGGUCGGCAGCUUUCGAUCUUUUGGUGGAACUUGUGAAAUCUGCUCCUGACAAUUACAGAAUUCUUCACGAGAAACUGUUGGCCCAGCACAAACCUGGACCUCAUUCCCCGUAUCCGUGGGAUUACUGGCCACACGAAGACGGACGUUCCGAUUGCGGAUACGUAGGCCUGACGAAUUUAGGCGCAACUUGUUACAUGGCCAGCUGCAUGCAACAUCUGUACAUGAUGCCACAAGCCCGUAUCUCGAUAUUAGGUGCCGAUUGUAACAGAGCAAACAAACACCAGCUCACGUUGAGAGAACUGCAGAGAAUGUUCGCCUAUCUUUUGGAGUCUGAAAGAAAAGCUUACAAUCCUCGAAGCUUCUGUCGGGUGUAUACUAUGAACCACGAGCCACUCAACACGGGAGAACAAAAGGAUAUGGCCGAGUUCUUUAUAGACCUCGUAUCAAAACUGGAGGAAAUGACGACCGAUUUGAAGAACUUGGUGAAAACGCUGUUUUGCGGUGUGAUAUCUAAUAAUGUCGUAUCCUUGGAUUGCGAACACGUAAGUAGGACACUCGAAGAAUUUUAUACGGUACGCUGUCAGGUAGCAGACAUGAGAAAUCUUUAUGAAAGUUUAGAUGAAGUUACAGUGAAAGACACCCUCGAAGGAGACAACAUGUACACGUGUUCACAGUGCGGUAAGAAAGCCAGAGCUGAGAAGAGAGCGUGUUUUAAGAAGUUACCGCAUAUAUUGUGCUUUAAUACAAUGCGUUACACUUUCAAUAUGGGAACCAUGUUAAAGGAGAAAGUGAAUACACAUUUUAGUUUUCCGCUGAGAUUGGACAUGUCUGGAUACGUCGAGAAGAAACUUAUGCCUCAACAUUAUCAAGAGGAGAAGAAAGCAUCGGAGAAGAAGAAAACCGAAGGCGACUGUCAACCAGGGGUGGAUAACGACGCCGACGAAGAAGAAAAGGAAUAUUAUCAAUACGAUUUAAUAGGCGUAACGGUUCAUACUGGAACAGCCGACGGUGGACACUAUUAUAGUUUCAUUAGAGAUCGCACGUCUCCUAAUAAAGAUAAAUGGUUUUUGUUUAACGACGCCGAGGUUAAACCGUUCGAUCCGAAUCAAAUAGCAGCAGAAUGUUUCGGUGGCGAAAUGACAAGUAAAACUUACGAUUCAGUUACAGACAAAUUCAUGGAUUUCAGUUUCGAGAAAACUAAUUCUGCUUAUAUGCUUUUCUACGAAUGGUGCGCAGAUUCUGGCGAUCAAGCUAAAGAGGAAGAAGCCACCGUGUCCAGUCCAAACGGACGGCAACCCUCUUCGUUGGUUCAAAAGAACACUAACAAGCUACCACCUUUAGAGUUGAACAAAGAACUCGAAGAUUGGAUAUGGCAAGACAACAUGCACUUCUUACAAGAUAAAAAUAUAUUCGAGCACACGUAUUUCACAUUUAUGUGGCAGAUAUGUGGCUACAUACCGCAAACGUUGCUUUCCGUGCAACCUGAUAUAACAGAAAUGUCAGCUGAUCUUUCAACGUCGUUCUUUAUGGAAACCUUCAUCCAUGCAAAGGAAAAGCCAACUAUGGUACAAUGGGUGGAACUGUUAACGAAACAGUUUAACAGUUCGGCUGGUGCAUGCGCUAGAUUCCUCGAAAGAAUGGCUGGGGAUUCGUGGUGGCCGAUUCAAAUUCUAGUCAAGUGCCCUAAUCAAAUGGUAAGGCAGAUGUUUCAAAGGUUGUGCAUUCACGUCAUACAACGAUUGCGCGCUACUCAAGCACCUCUGUAUCUUCUUUGCGACGAGGAGAACGAUAUAAAUACCGUGGGUACACGGUCAUGCGUAACAAGAUUCGUGAGGAUGCUGUUGUCCCUCAUGGAACAUGCGAAACAACAUUUGAAACAUCUCACCGAGUACUUCAGUUUUUUAUAUGAAUUUAGCAAAAUGGGCGAGGAAGAGACUCUGUUUCUGAUAAGAGUGCAAGCCAUAUCGACCAUGGUGAACUUUUAUCUCGGGCACAAGACGCAUGAAUUUGUUGACUCGGUUAGCGAAGAAGAGGAAGAGGAAGAGAUCGUUGCCAUGCCAACGGAGAAACUGAGACCUGCAUCUUUAGAUAAGAUGAUCACACUGAUAGCAACCUUGGUUGAACGUAGCAGGGGACCUGACCACAGAUUGGCAUUGUCUCCAGCUGAUCUUAGCGCCGUGGCAGGAGGCAAAGGAUUUCCCUUCUUAUAUCAGCAAACACGAGACGUCAUCAAUCUCAAUCAGACGCGAAAUUUAAUUCAAUCUUUAUGUCGUUGGAACGAUAGAUUAGCCAUACAUAUUGUGACAAUGAUAUUCCAAGCUAUAACGAAACAUACAGACGUGUGCCAACCAUUUUUCAAACUUCUAACAUUGUUAACGGAGAGCUCAGGACCAAGUGGACUGCCUUGUAUGACCCAGCUGAUAUUAGGCAGAGUGUGGGAAGCGGCUAGAGUCGCACCGCACGGGGCAUUGGAAUGGCUAGCUUUAGCUGUAACAAGGAGCAAGCUCGCGCACGCUUGGGUGUUACAAGGCUUGGACACGUGGUUGCAACAUUUCCUGUUGGAACAUUCGAAUCAAAGAGUUCGUUCUGCUGCUGCUUUUCUUCUCGUCUCUCUGGUACCCUCUACCCAUUUCAGACAGGGUUAUCGCAGUGCUCACAGAUUAGGUUUGGGAUGCAAUACGUCUAGAGAACUCCAACUAUCUCCAGAAGCUACUUUAAUCUUGCAUCAAAUAUACACGGCACUUCUACGAUUAUUGCAACCCGCAAGACAUUACAUCGAUAUACAGACUCAUGGUACAAUGAAACUCACUGCCUAUUUUGCAUUACUCACAUAUUGCGUUGUUUCCAAGACGGAAAAAUUAAUGUUUGGACAAUAUUUAAAUGAUUUAUGGACAUUAUUUCACCCGAAACUUUCUGAGCCUAGCAUUCCAGUUCAUCACAAUAAGCAAGCUGUACUAUUGUUCUGGUACCACGUUUGCUCAGACUGUCCAGAAAACGUUGCUCUAAUACUUCAUAAUCCGCACAUUACUAAAAAUAUUGCAUUUAACUAUAUACUAGCCGACCACGAGGACCAGGACGUGGUGUUAUUUAACAGAGUAAUGUUACCUGCUUAUUAUGGUUUGUUACGACUUUGCUGUCAACAAUCGCGCACUUUUACACGACAGUUAGCUGCACACCAAAAUAUUCAAUGGGCAUUCAAAAACAUUACACCUCAUCCUACUCAGUAUUCGACUGCUGUUGACGAACUUUUUAAACUGAUGCAGUUAUUAGUUGCAAGACACUCUGAUCAAACGGAGCAAGAAGAAUCGGAGGUCGCGUCAUUUAGGAGAGGAACAUUAUCUUCUUAUUUACAAGGAUUAGACGGACGGUCAUGUUGGGCUACCCUCAUCUCUGCGUUCCGAAUCCUUAUUGAAUCAGAUGAUGAUCGUCUGUACGUUGUGUAUAACGGAGGAUUAAGUAUGGCUUUGGAAGCAUUUCAUAUGUUACAUAUCAUGUAUCAUGAAGCCACGGCGUGCCACGUUGCUGGAGACCUAGCUGAAUUAAUAGCAAUUAUUGUGGAACUAGUACGGUGCAUCAGAACUGCCAGAGAAGGACCUGAUGCGAGAAAUAUAUUGGCCAAUUGCAAAGAAUGGCCGGACAUUCUUCGAAAAUUAGCAACGUUGUUGAAUACGUACAAUCCUCCGGAUAUGCGAAAUCUUGCUAUAGAUCUUUUGAAAGAGCUCGUCAUGCUUGUUCCUGCUGAAGCUAUAUUAAUUUUAGCACCUUUGCUCUCACACUGCCAUGCAGCUCUCCAAGAACCUCACGCCGCUGUCCCACCUGGUUCAUACCUUCCAAGAAGAUCUACUCCUUCCGGGAAGAUGCCUACUCGACCUGCUCGGCCGAUGGUUCAAAUGGCCGUGCCGCAUUCUCAGUUAGAAGCGUCGAAAGGAGUGGAUCCGGAAUACGACAGCGCUUUGCUUGAGUUUUAUUUACCGUAUCACGAACUCAUCGACGUAAUGUGCAGAUUAGCGAUCAAUAAUGAUUGCAUGAUGGACUCGUUAGUCAACUUGAGCGCUAUGUUAGGUUUUGAAGGUGUUCCAUUACACUUAGCGUUGUUCCCUAGACUAUGGUUAGACGUUCAUGCUGCUACACACAUAGACAGAAAACAUAUUGCGUCACUUUUAUGCUCUUCCUACACAGUGGACUACGUAGACGCUGUGUUAUUAGAUGAAAGGUCAUCGUUAGGAGUUCCCGCAAUUCACGCCUUUCUUAAGACUUUCUUUCCCAAACUUGCUAACCACGUGUUGACCGAACAGACUUGUUUACUUAUCGAUAACCUGGUUAGUUCAAUGGUGGCGAUGGUCGAAGCGGUUGAUAUUCAAGCUUCUGCUCAUAGAUUAACAGGAGACUUAAGAGCGCUGGCUCUGGUCUAUAGCAGCAGUACAAGACUGAAACCACCGUCUAGCUUGCUACCAGCUCUAGAGACGCUGUUAUCUCGAACCAGAUCCAUUAAAGUGAAAGAAUCCAGUCAACAGGAAACGGAGAAUCCAUCGAAGAAACACGUCGAAGAGAAAGACAAACCAGAAGUGAACGACAUGACCUCCUCUGAUUCUGGAGACGAUAAAACCAUAUCAAGACACAAGAGUAACAUCGAAGCUGAAAACGUUCCAACGAGUAUCAGUACAAUAUCGCCGAGUUUGAUCGAUACCGUGACUGCUAACAAUUGCACGAAUCAGUUACGAUGUUCGUUAACAAACGUCUCUUGGCUUGAAAUGUUGGAGAAGACCAUUGUCGAUCUGCAAAUGAUUGUGCAAUUACAAACGAAAAGCAACUAAUUCUGUACAUGUUUUUGAAUGGUGCUUUUACCGUAGAAGCAUACAAUACAGGACUAAGUUUAUGUGUAACUGUGUGGUUCUUUAAGAUAACAAGACGGAAAUUUAGUUAUACGUUCAGGAUCUAUACGGACAAAUUUUUAGUGCGUUUUGUGUUUUAUAAAAAAAAAAAUGAAAAAAAGAAGAACAUGAAAUGAUACAUACUUUUUUGCGUACGUAUCCGAUGCGAUUAAUUUUCCAAAUGUAGGCGAAUAAGAUACUUCUAUCGACUUAAGUUAUACUAAUAUGAAAACAAAAGAAAAGGAAAGGAAAUGAACCAUUAAUCAGGACUGAAGAAUUUUCAUUUUAUGUAAUAAAUGUUCGUUAGUGCUGUGAGAUUACCUAUCUCUUGGCAAACAUUUGCGUACCACUAUUUCGUGUGUACAGUAAUAUAAGCCGCCCAGUAUUCAUUAACAGGAAUUGUGAAAAGCCUUGAGAUAGCUCAAGAGAUACAAUUACAAAAGCUUCGUUAAAACUAUAAUCAUUUUUUUAUACUUGUCUCAAUUUUUGAGAGAUGUCACAGGGUUCUUUAAAUUUUCCAAGGUAAUGUAUAAAAAUAAUAUUUUUUCAAUCAGCGUUUUCAAGUAUGGUUACUCAUUUACACACUGGUCUACAAGCUGAUCUACAUUAACUUGUCAUUGUAACAUACUUUUCAUCGUACUUUUAAUGUGUUGAACCAGUACUUUUAUCCUAUAGUUCGUCGCGUGUAUUUCCAACCAAUUAACGUGUUGUAGGAUUAUGCUAAUUUUCAUUCUACCGUGUUCAAAAUACACACGGAUAGAGAACACUUUAUUUAUUCUUUUCUUUAAGGUAAAUUGCCCUAAUAAUUCCGGUAGAUUUACUUUUCAUAUUCGCGGAUGUAUUUCGUUGUGUUUAGAAAUUAAAAUUCUUCGAUUGAAAUUUUCGAAUCCAUCUAAAAUAUGCACAACAAAUCGUGAUUGUUUCAAUUACUAGAAUUAUACCUUAUCCUUUCUAAAUUUUCGUAUUACGUACUACUAUUUUUCUUUCUUUUGCGAAAAUUUCAUUUUCGUUGAAACAACAAAUUUUAAUGAUUUUUCUCACAAUUGUGACCGUACAGACAUUCUUAAUUACAAUGAUUAUAAAUAAGAUUUCAUAGCAUUCAUAAAACUGUUAAAUCGCUCUCUCUCUCUCUCUCUCUCUCUCUCUCUCUCUCUCUCUCUCUCUCUCUCUCUCUUGUAUGAACGUCAAAAAAAAAAAAUAAAGAUCUCACAUCACGAAUGAACAGUUGUGAAAUUUUUCAAAGGGAAAUUUUCAAAAAGAAAACAUAUCCAUAUGAAUCGUUAUGUAUACACUUUAUUUAUUGCUUAAUUAUAUUGAUUACUACGUACGCCGUUACAAAAGGAAAAUUUAUAUUUGUCGUAAUUUCGUUUAUUUAUUAAUAACUACAUUUGAAAAGAAAUCGAUACAAUUGUGUUCCAAUUUUCAAUUUUUUCCAUGAUUCUGUGUUCUAAAUGAAAAUGCGUGCUAGAAUCUUUCGAGUCACUCUAGCUGCUCGGUAAAAUAGUACUUCGAACACUAUCGAAUCAUGCAUAUCUCAAGAAAUGUAUUUUACUUAAUUUUUCGCACAUCGAAAUAAAUCAUGCGUCAUCUCGAAAUGAAAUCUCGUCGAAUCAGCAUUUUCUAUCGAUUUAUCGGAAAGUAGACUUCCCGAUACGUAUUCCCAACGUAACAUUCGAAAUACUGUUUUACCCAGGCCUAGUACGUUUAAACAAGGAAUCUGUAAUUUAUUGUGUACGCUUGUAUAAUGCGAGAGUAUGCACACACAUAUACGCGAUUAAUAACCAGACGCACGUUCUCGUCAUAAUUGAGCUUAUUGUCAGACGAUGGCACUAAAGUAUAUCUCGUCCACUUUGAACGUCAGAAAUCAACCUGUGUAUUUACAAUUUAGAUGAUACGAUACAGUAGCGAAUCGACGAAUGAUUGCAGCGAAUAACGAGGAUUAAGGUUAUCGGUGUUCUUGGCCGAAAUGCUUAUUUCCUUGGCGCGUUGACAUUAUUUAAUUAAGGAGAGGAGGCCAUGAAUAAGACGAGCAAUUUUUUAGAUACAAUUUCGGUUUAUAAUUCGAGUUGCAAGUAGUACAUUGAACGAAUUGAGGAUAGAAAAUUGUUUAUCUUUUAUUCGUCGUACGUUUUAUUCAUAUGUGUCGUGGUAUACCAUGUCGGGUUAAUAGACACAGUUCUCAUUAGGAUAACCUUCUUUGUUUGAACUCUUGGUUGCUUUGCAGAAGUGUCGAGGACAGUAAACGAAGGGGUUAUGUCUGUCUUGAUUUGUAGUCAGGAGGCAAUCGGUAUUGUUCAUCUUGAAUGCAGCAUGGAUAAGGGAGUAUACCACGACAAAGAAUUUGAUAACAAUGUUUUAUUUGAACAGUUAAUCAGAAGUUUAGAAAUAUUUGGUUAUUCGUGUCUAUUGUGUAAUGAACUCAGUUCUGUUAAAGAAGCGUUCGUCCAAACUGUUGCCCCCUUGCAACAUGAUUAAACGUGAAACAAUACUUGGAACGAUUCGAUAGGAAAUGUAUUGUUUUCUGUUUGUUGCAAGUUGAUGACCCUGAAUUUCGAGGAGUUAGUUACGCCACGAAUAAAGGCGACUGCUUUCAAGUCCGUUUUAAGAUGAACUUCAUGACGCAAUAAGUAUUAAAUAAAAAGGAAUAUAAGUGAGCGUAUUAAUUUCAUGUUUUCUCGCGUAGACAGUUCUUUCAGGCACGUUAAUGUUACCCAUUAAGAAGCUCGUUCUCUCGAUGUGUUUGUUAAUAGGCGUUGAGAACAGAAACGAAACAUGUUCGGUAGGUUUUUAUCAAGAGACGAAGUAAGUAUUCGUAUCUGCUUGUUUAACAUCGCGUAACGUUACAAAACUGUAUUUCUACAUUCAAAGUAAUAACGUAAUUGUGAUGAAAACACUGUGAUCAGUGAUAUUAGGUCUAUUCUCCGCUGAUUUGCAAAUGUAACAAAACGAAAUACGGACGUAACAAACGUAUCUGUGCACGCACACGCAUUACAAUGGAUUUUCAAACGAAACAACAACAACAACAAAAAUCAAAUAUUUUUAACUAUUACGUGUCGGUGGAGAUCAUUUAAGUUCGAUGCGAAGUUGAGGAAAAACGGAAGGAAAGAAUGUAAAAAAAAGACGUGUAGGUCGUAUAGAAGUAACGUGGGAGGGAAGCAUUUACAUUUAGUUUUAAUUAUUACCAAACGACAAAAUGCCUUUGUCUUACGAAACGCGUUUCGAUAAUCUCCAUAUUUAUAAAUAAAGCGAAAAAUACACACACGAUAGGACGCUUGAGCUUUCGAGUAAUUCGAUUCGGAGGUGGUUAAGACUGUAUAAAAAAAAUACAUUUGGGGUGUACUAUGAUACUUUUAACAUUUUAUCAGCCUUCCGAAAGUAUCGGAACUAUUUCGCCAGAUUUGUAUCUCCAGCAUGUGUUUACAUUUAUGUAUUCAUUUAUAUACUUAAGGUGUAUAGUUUUUGAUCGAUGAUAAAUAAACUCUUUUCAUUUUAAACUUC